AUGCCACACUCAACAGCACCACCACCACCACCAACAUCCCCCUCCAAUGAUUCAUCCCCCAAGCCCCCCCGCCUCCCCAUCGAACUCUGGAUGCACAUCCUCUCCUCCGUCUCGGACACGGAAUCCUUACCGGGCCUCUGGUUCGCCGCGCGCGCGACGUCGCGCCUGCUGCGCGCCGCCGCCGAGGCCGCGUUCCCCGCCGCCCACCUGCGCCGCUGGCUGCACGUCUGCUCCUUCCGCAUCCCCCGCGCCACCCUCGCCUUCCACCGCCUCCGCGUCGCCGACGACGGCGACAAGAGCCGCCGCGCCGUCGCCGUGCUGCGCGCACAGCCGUGGAGGGGCUUCGAGGAUAAGCCGCCCGCGAGUCCUGCGGCGUUUGGUGGCGCCGGAGGUGAGGGCGCCGGGGUGGGGAGCGAGUGGGCGGAGGUGCUGAGGGAGGGGGCGGAAAGGGGGUUUGGGGAUUAUAUGAUUUGUUUGAGGGGGGUGGUGCAGGAUACGGAGGUGUUGGGGUGGAGGGUUGUGAGUGGGGAGGGGGACGGCGUGUUUGAGGUUGAGGUCGAGUGGAAGGGGAUGCUGGAUAGGCUGUUUGGGGAGGAGUUGAGGGCGAGGAGGAGAGGGGAGGUGCUGGCGAAGCGCUUCAAGAAGGAUCGUGAAGACAAGUGGGCUGUCUAUGGCCCCGAGGUCAUCAACGAUCAGCUGCACUUCAGGACCUUUGAGGCAGUUUUGCUGGGGAACGAAAACCAUCGGGCGUAUCAGAACGGGUAUCGCGAUGCUCGGCGUCAACGUAUCGAGCGGUGGAUUCGGCGAGUCGAGAGUGACCCGGAGAGGGCGUACGCCCUGCGCAAGAAAGAGAUCGACGUGGAGUGGGUGCCCAACUUUCGGAUGAACGCAGUGAGGGAGCGGCUAGAGAGGAAAAUGGUCGAGUGGGGCGAGGAGCAGUACCCACAACCUCAAGUCAUCAGGAAGAGGCUUCUGGAAAGCGACGUGCCGAUGAAGCGUGAGCUGUGCACGCUGGACGUUGAGCUCGCAACCGAGGAAGACGGGUGGGCACAUGGCGACGAAGUCGAGCCAGAGAGUUAUGCAGAGGUUGGUCUACUCUGGAAAGGCCGGACGCCAGAAGAGGUGGAAAAGCUCAUGCGUAUUCGCGCAUAUGCCGCUGAGCUGAACCCCUUGCCACCCAGCAAGCGUCGAGCAUGCCAAAACGGAUCCGGAGCCCUCGAAGAAUGA